CGGCGGCGGCGGCGGCGGCGCUCCUGGUGGCAGAGGUUGGGACUCCAGAAGCAGCAGAAGAAGCGGCGUAGGCGGCCGCGCUCGACGCCACGGUCGCAGCCACCCAGCAUCCAGAAGCCCUGUCCCCCGCAGGACGAGGAUUUAGCAAAAAGACUGGUCGUAGUAAAAAAUGGAAGGAACUCCUGAAGUUGCCUCCAGUCAGCCAAUGCAAUGAGCUAAGAUCCUCCAUCGAAUCUCUUGUUGAACCUGAAGCUUGGCAAUUCAGCUAGAGUGUCUGGCAAGUGAGCCCCUGGAAUCUGCCUGUCUUCACCUCUUCAGCCCUGGGAUUACAAGAACACCCCACCAUGCCCAGGUUUUUAUAAAAGGAUUUUAUCAGCCUUUGUGACAAGCAGCCAAUGGGAAGACUUCUUUUCAGACAAUUCUGUGAUACAAAACCAGAUCUAAAGAGGUGCAUUGAAUUCUUGGAUGCAGUGGCAGAAUAUGAAGUUACCAUUGAAGAGGAACAAAGAGAAUUUGGGCUAUCCAUCGUACAGAGAUUCUUCAAAGAGAAGUCAGAAGUCUUCUUACCACAGAUACCUUCAGCUGUUAUGAGACACUGUAAAUGGAAUCUGAAUCAUAAUUCUUCCUCUACAAAAGUUUUUGAGGGAUGCAGUAGAAUUAUCUAUAACUAUUUGAGUGGAACACCAUUUGAAGAAUACCAAGCCAGUCCAUACUUUUGCCGAUUUUUACAAUGGAAAUGGCUGGAAAGGCGGCCAGUAACAAAGAACACGUUCAGACAAUACAGAGUUCUAGGAAAAGGCGGAUUUGGAGAGGUUUGUGCCUGUCAAGUACGAUCUACAGGAAAAAUGUAUGCCUGCAAAAAACUAGAAAAAAAAAGAAUAAAGAAGAGGAAAAGUGAAGCUCUGGCUCUAAAUGAGAAAAAGAUCUUAGAAAAAUUGCAUAGUAGAUUUGUAGUUAGUUUAGCCUACACUUAUGAAACCAAGGAUACCUUGUGUUUGGUGCUAACCAUUAUGAAUGGAGGGGAUUUGAAGUACCACAUUUACAACCUGGGCAAUCCUGGCUUUGAGGAGCCGAGAGCUGUGUUCUAUGCUGCAGAGCUGUGCUGUGGUUUGGAAGAUUUACAGAGGGAAAGAAUUGUAUACAGAGACCUAAAGCCAGAGAAUAUCCUCCUUGAUGAUCAUGGACACAUCCGAAUUUCAGAUCUUGGUCUAGCUCUGGAAGUCCCAGAAGGGGAGAUGAUUCGAGGAAGAGUAGGUACUGUUGGCUACAUGGCUCCAGAAAUCAUCAAUAAUGAAAAGUAUACAUUUAGUCCUGAUUGGUGGGGACUUGGCUGUGUGAUAUAUGAAAUGAUUGCAGGUCAUUCUCCAUUCAAAAAAUAUAAAGAGAAAGUCACCCGGGAGGAACUGGAAAGAAGAGUGAAGAAUGAGACUGAGGAGUACUCUAAGACGUUUUCAGAGGAUGCCAAGUCCAUCUGCAGCAUGUUACUCGUCAAGGAUCCAAGUAAACGGCUAGGCUGUCAGAGUGAUGGAGCUGCUGCUGUAAAGCAGCACCCAGUGUUCAAGGACAUUAACUUCAACAGGCUGGAAGCAAAUAUGUUAGAGCCCCCUUUCUAUCCUGAUCCACAGGCAAUUUAUUGUAAGGAUAUCUUGGAUAUUGGGCAGUUCUCUGUGGUGAAAGGAGUCAGCCUGGACAGCAAUGAUGAAGCCUUCUAUGCCCAAUUUGCUACAGGGUGUGUCACCAUCCCCUGGCAGAAUGAGAUGAUUGAGUCUGGAUGUUUCAACGAUAUCAAUGAAAAUGCAGAUAAGGAAGAUUUGUCACCACAUAAAAAAGAGAAGCUGUGUCCUGCGUUUCUCAGACAACAGAGAAAUUUCUUCUGUAGACUCUUCAGAAGAGGGGUAAAAAAACCUGUUGUAAAAAAUGUGAACUGUUGUGGCUGGGGCUGUUGCUUAGGGGAGAACAUUAGUAUAGUAUGAGCAAGAGUUUGGGUUUUAAGAAACAGGAGUGUGUGCAUAUGUAUUUACAUCCCCUCCCAAUGCCUGUAUAUGUACCAAAAGAAAAACAUUUUCUAAUGGAAACAGCCCUUUCUUUUUUUAUUUUUGGUUUUUGGUUUGUUUUUUUGUUUUGUUUUGUUUUGUUUUGUUUUGUUUUGUUUUGUUUUGUUUGAGACAGGGUUUUUCUGUGUAGCUCUGGCUGUCCUUGAACUUGCUCUGUAGACCGAGCUGGCCUUGAACCCAGAGAUCCACCUGCCCCUACCUCCUGAGUGCUGGAUUAAAGGCGUGCACCAUCAUUGAUGGGCUAGUUUCUUUUCUUUGUGCAAUGCCUCAUAAAGGAAAUUUCAGCCACGGGGUAGCUCACACUUAGGAGACUGAGGUUAAAGAAUUACCUUUAAUUUGAGUUUGAGGCCAUCUCACUACAUAGUCAGUCUUUGUCAGGAGAGAAGAAAAAAACAAAGAGGAGGAGACAGAGGGCAGAGACAGGCAGAUGAACACACACACACACAAACACACACACGCACACACACACAGAUUGAUUUCAUAUAGUUUAAGAGCCAUAUGAUUCUAUUUAAGGCUUAUCUAAGAAGAGUCUUCACGAUGCUGCUUUGCUCUUGGUGGCAAGACUCUGUUCUGAUCCACAAAGCAAUGACUUGUUAGCACUGAAGCUGGUUCCUGUUUUGGUGACAAAGCAUUUGACCUACCUCAAAGGUCAGCAUCUAAUGGAACUUCCACAAACAAUGCAUGAUAGUCCUCUGCGUUCUGAUUCCAACUACUGCUCUCUCACUUACACAAGAAAAGCAGGUUCCCUUCUAAAAUUGGAAAUCAAUUGAAGAGACUUUCUGUAGUAUUAUUACUCUUGCUCUACAGCUAAGGAAGACCCCGGACUCCUGAUCCUCCUGCCUCAGACUCUUAAGUGCUGGGAUUAAAAGUGUGUUGCAACACACCUGAGAAGAUUAGAAAAUAAUUUCACCAAGUAAAAUAUCCUAUGAGUGGAUUGUUUUGCUUUGUACCUAUCAAUUCUUUUUUCUUAUACCUAUCAUUUCUCGAGGAAUUUAUUAAAAGAUUUAUAUUUAUAUUUUAAUUUAUAUUGUUUUUCAAGAUUGAAAAAAGAUUUCGGUGAUAAAAAUAUUUUACAGUGUUUGUUGUUAUGACCACACUUUCUGUCAUAACUAGGGGAUAGCUAUAUGAACUGACCAAAUCAGUCUAUUUCUGCAUACAGUUAAGUCUUACUGGGCAUCUCUCCUUACUCUGAGCCCAUAAUGACAUAUACCGAGGCGUGUGUCACUGAUGGAAUAACGUUGUACUGUAUGGAACACAUUCUUACCAUGGGACCUGUUGGUGAAGGAGCCAGUGAGCCUCAUUUGUCUUGAAUUUGAUUUAGUGUACAGCAGUAAAAAGGCAGCAAAACUCAUCUGUAUCUCUGUAUAUAAAUUAAGCAUAUGCCUUUAAGAGUUAUUUUUAGUAGUACAGGAAUGGAAGUUAGGAUGUUGUGUAUACCUGAUAAGUAGUCUAACAAUGAGCUACAUACCUGUAUCCCCUUUUAUUUUUAAAACAUUUUUGAAACAGGGUCUUAUUACAUUGCCUGGGUUAGUCUUAACUUUGAGAUCCUUAUGGCUUGGUUUCCUGAGUAGAAUACAAUUAGAAUUUCAUUUCUUGAAGCAAAUAAGAAAAAUGUAUUAAAAGUUUUUGCUUUAGUAUCCUCUAGAUUCUAGGACAUUAUAUCAUUUGUUCCUAGGUAUCUUUGACGAUUGGUUCAAAGAUGCCAAAGUCUAAAAGUACUCAAGUCUCUUAUAUAAAUGGACAGUGUUUAUAUACAAGGCACACAAACUUCUGAUUACUUUACAUCACCUUUAGAUUGCUUACAACACAUACAAUAUGCAGAUAGUUGUCAUACCAUGCUUUUAAACUUAUACAACUGUCAUGACUUUAAAAGCCUUUUUUUUUUUUGUAUACUUUUGAUUUGGGGUUGGUUGAAUCCAUGCUUAUGGAACUCAUGGUUACUCAAGCAAAGCAAAACCAUAUUGGCAUUAGAGACAUGGCUGAGGGUGGCCAUUGUGCUGUGUGUUGCAGGGCUGCCUGAACAUUGUCCCCAGUGAGUCGGGGGAGCCAACACAUCGCUGACUGUUCACUGUGCAGACCACAGAGCGAGACCCUGGUGUUAAGAAGGAACCUGUCACAUACUCAGUGUCUUGUCCUUUCCAUGAAUUGUAAUAAACAGUCUAUAACACUGUUUAUAA